AUGUGUGUUCGACGCAAAACUGCGGUGAGCACCGAUACGAAGAAAAAUGUGAAGAAGGAGAGCAUGGAUUCCCCAAAAAAGGUGGUACCAUUAUCACCAACUGCUAAUAUGCCAUCAGGAGGUACGCAAGAAUUUUUGAAGAAGAAACAAAAAGACAAAGAAAAGGAAACUGAAACGGAAGAGAAAACGAGUUCCUCGAAACGUCAGGUAGGUGGAGAAUUAGUUUACAGCCACUCUAAACAUGGCGCUAGUGUUUCAGAUCCCUCCAAGAGGAAGGCCAAACGUCCAAUGAUAGAAGUUCGAUCGGCACGAGAUCCAGAAUACAAAACGAUUCAAUUGGAUGCAAGUGAAUGGGAAAGCGUCAAGCUUUACAAGAGAAGCGAGAUAAAUUUGGAAGAAUUCCUUAAGCAGGAGAACAAUGUACUGCAGAGGACACAAUGA